AUGAUGAUUGCGGAGGAGGAGAGCCUGAAGGAGCGGCUCCUGAAGAGCAUCGACCUGUGUCAGAAGGAGCUGAAGACGCUCUGCGAGGAGCUCCAGCUGGACGCCGUGGAGGUAGAGGAAGAAAGCACCAUUCUGCAGAGGGAGAAGAAUUUGCGCACCCGCGUGGAGGUGAUGCUAAAGCAGAAAAGGGAAAGGAAGCAGGAGCUGAAAACCCUGCAGGAGCAAGACCGAGACCUCUGCGACAUCCUCUGCACAACCCCCUUCGGCAUCGACAGCAACACCGUGCCCAGCCUGGAGGACCUGGAUCGCUACCGGUGCCACGUGGCCUCCCUGACAGCCAAGAAGGAGCAAAGGCGAGAAGAGUUUGUCAGCAGCAAGCGGCAAAUCAUCCUUCUCAUGGAGGAGCUGGACCACACUCCAGACACGAGCUUUGAGCGGGACGUGGUGUGCGAGGACGAGGAAGCCUUCUGCUUGUCCGAGGACAACAUCGCUGCCCUCCACGACCUGCAGCAGCAGCUGGAAGCCCAGCGAUCGCUGAACGAAGCUGUGUGCGCAGAGCUGCGCUCCAGAAUCGCGGCGUUUUGGGAAAGGCUGCAGAUUCCUGCAGAGGAGAGAGAGUCCUUCGCGGUGCACAUGGCCGGGUCCAGAGCCAAAACUAGGAAAGCUCUGCAGCUGGAAGUGGAGCGUCUGGAGGAGCUGAAGCUGCAGAACAUGAAAUCCAUGAUCCAGGCGAUCCGGGCGGAGCUGGCUGGCUACUGGGACAAGUGCUUCUACAGCCCGGAGCAGAGGGAAGCCUUCAGCCCCUAUUACGACGAGGAUUACACAGAGACCCUGCUCGAGCUCCACGAUGCUGAGGUGGUGAAGAUGAAGAGCUACUAUGAAACGCACAAAGAUCUGUUCGAGGCCGUCCAGAAAUGGGAGGAGAACUGGAAGCUGUUCCUGGAGCUGGAGAGGAAAGCAAUUGACCCCAGUCGCUUCACCAACCGCGGGGGGAACCUGCUGAAGGAGGAGAAGCAGCGAGCGAAGCUGCAGAAGACGCUUUCCAAGCUGCAGGAGGAGCUGGAGAGCCGUGUGCUGGCCUGGGAGCAGGAGCGCGAGGGCAGCUUCCUGGUGAAGGGGCAGCAGUUCAUGGAGUACGUGUCAGAGCAGUGGCAGCUCUACCGCCUGGAGAAGGAGAAGGAGAAGCAGGAGCGGCAACUGAAGAAAAGCCGCCAGAUCGAGACGGAGAUGAUGUAUGGCAGCACCCCGCGGACCCCCAUCAAGCGGCGGGUGCUGGGCCCCCACACGCCUGGCAAAGUAAGGAAGCUCAACGGCACUUCCAUCUCCAGCGCCACCCCCAACAGCACCGUGCGGUCCGUUUUUGGGGGAACCAUCUACCACUCGCCAACGUCUCGGCUGUGCCGCUACGGAGGGGAGGGGGGGGGCUUUGGCCAAGCUCAGACCCCCAUCCGUGCGGCGAAGCCCCCCCGUUCCGGCCACAGGGAGCGGAACAAGGAGAACGUGUCGCAGCUGAACGGGACCACCCUGAGCGGUGGGUGCACCCCCACAGCCCCUGCCCAGCGUAACCACAGCGUUAGUUCUGUUGCCAGCACCUAUUCUGAGUUUGCGCAAGAACUUUCAAAGGCUUCCAGGUCUGAGAGCAGCUCCCGCAUCCUCAACUCCACCACCACCCACACCUUCUACUGA